AAUCGUUCGGAGGUACUAGGAAAAGGAAGUAAAGAAUAAACUGAGCAUCGGGUGAGUGAUAGUGAGUGAUAGUGUACCCCCUCCCCCCUUUAAAGUGAUGGAUGGUGUGAGUCGGGCGGGAAACAGUGGGUGGUUGUGGGAGGAAGGUGUUUUGUGAUUUUUCCAGUGCUUAGUAUAGCGCAGUUGUUGCGUUGGUGGCAUAGUGGUGAUUUCUCUAGUGCUUCAAAAUUAGUUGUUGAACAAAUCAAAACCGUUACAGCCGUAAAAUUUUAAUAGUGAAAUAAUAUAUAGAAGCAAACCAAAUGCAUUUGAAGGUUAAACAUGUCGAUGAUAUAUGGGAUCAAGAUCCCGGUGUUGAUCUAUCCGAUGUUACGCUGCAAUUAGGAAAAUUAGAUGUGCAUAAACGUGAAAAUACAGAGGUCGAUAGAAAUGAACUUCUAAAGCGAAUAGUUUUAAAUGAAAAAACAGUAAAUUCCAAACACUCGGCCCCCACUGAAUCGGUUGUGCGAAAGAAUAUCCCUAAGACUUUUCCCCGGACUAAACAACAACUCAAGGACCGCGACUGUGCCCUAAACCAACGGAAAAGACGUUUCUGCCACAACUAUAGCUUUAACUUUCAGAAGCAUAAACAACUGAAAGUAAAAAUUGCCGCAGCAGUGGAAAAGAAAAACAUUUUUUCGAUAGUUGGACCUUAUCCGGCCCUGCGGAAAGCGCUCAAAAAACGCAAUUGGCUUGAGAAACAAACGAGCUCGAGUUCCCUAGUUCAAAAUCUGUCCGUGCAUUCGUUGCUUCACAAAGCUCAGGAAGGAAAUGAAUAUGAAGAAGCAUUAAUUUCGAAAAUACUUAAACUGCACAACGCUGAUUUUAUCUGGCAAAAUCGCCGCACUAAAGAGUCAAAGAAGGAUCGCUUCUACACACCUUACCGAAGUCGAAUUUGUUACGACCGAAAUUUUGAUUUUACUAUGAAAGAAGGUCUGGUCAAUGUUACCGAAUCCAUCCAGUGGUUCCAGGAAAUUGGCAUAGCAGAGUUGGAUUGCCCACGUACCUACAUUUUGAAUUCGGAGGAUGAUAUAACUAAAUUUCUCGAAGACUUCCAGCUGACGGCGUGCACUGCUUUUCUUUACUAUCUAUCAAAGUUUCUAGAUUCUUUAUUCGACGAAGACGGGACAAAAUCGGUCGACAUUAUUCAUACUGCAAUGAAGUACUGCAAGUAUCAUCUGGCGUGUUGCCGUCACGAGGACAUUGACUAUCACGAAUACUGUGAACCGCUGCUGACGGCCGAAGACAGAUCCACAAUAUCGGAAAUACUAACCAAUGGCGCACGGUUUAAGCUGCUUCCAGGCAAUGAGGUUCUGUCGUUGGUGGCACAGGUGAAGAAGUUGGUACUUGAAGCAGCUACACAAUUUCCGGAUAUGAAAAUUGACGGUGUGCGAAAUAUGUGGAUCCUGAAACCGGGCAACCGGUGCCGCGGAAUAGGAAUUAUGAUCUUUCGUGAUGACCGAAAGCUGCUCGACUACGUGGACAGAAAUUCGGAGCUGAAGUACGUCGCGCAGAAAUAUAUUGAAAAGCCCCUACUAAUCCACAACACCAAGUUCGACAUCCGACAGUAUUUUCUAAUAACCUUUACUGGCAAUCAGCUGAAGGUUUGGAUGUACCGAAACAGUUAUCUCAGGUUUAGCUCGCUUGAGUUCAACCUGGAUGACUUCAACGAGGCGAUUCAUUUGACCAACUAUUCCAUCCAGAAGUAUUACGCCGGAACUCCCCGGAAACCAGGCUGUCCACUUCCGGCGUGCAACAUGUGGUCCAGCAAACAAUUUCAGCAGCACCUACAAUCUCUAGAUAAGGGUUACUACUGGGAGCGGAAGAUUUAUCCGGAUAUGAAGCGUAAUAUUCUGUCAGUUGUGACUGCCAGCAUGGAUGGUAUGAGAAUAGAAAGGAAUAUGUUUGAGCUGUAUGGAGCCGAUUUCAUGGUUACGGAAAACUUUCGCACCAUGCUGAUUGAAAUUAACUCCAGUCCGGAUCUAUCAUCGUCCACCGAAGUUACCGAGGUCAUCUGUCCAGCAGUAUUGGAGGACCUAGUGAAAGUGGUUAUUGAUAACACAAACGACAAACGCGCAGACACUGGUGAUUUCGAGUGUAUCCAGGCGGUCGAGAUUCCACGCGUAGCACCGUACGGUUACGGAUUGACAGUGGAGGGAAAACCACUGGGUUCAAAAUCUAGAUGCAAAAGUCCGCUGGCACCUCUUGGGCCACCAAUGUGUUCAUUAAAUCGUAGUCGCACUGCCAGAUCAAUGGGUUCAUCGUGUUCAACGCCAACCUCGUCGAAGCGUUCCAGCGCUAGCAGUUCAGUGGAAAGGCCUCGUUGAAAUCCUACAGUUUAAGUUUAUACAAAUCUCGCGCAUCGUUACCAAAACAAAUACACAUGUUAUACAUCAGCUGUUGCUUGAUA